CGCUGGAGCUUCUAUCACAGCGGGAGACGUGAUCGAGCAGCGGUGCAGGAAGGAUGGUGCGCGUGGUAGUGGUGGGUGGCGGCGUGAAUGGGGUAGGGAGUGCCUUGGCCAUACAACGCCGCCACCCGCAGUGCCAGGUGAAGGUAGUGGCCAAGAGUUUCACCCCUCACACAACAGGUGAUGGCGCAGCGGGCCUGUGGGAGCCUUACCUCUCCGCUAACACGCCUGAUGACAAGGUUAUCCAGUGGUCGCGGGACACGUUUAACUUGUACAGCGAUUGGUACCGUGACGGGGAGGGGAAGGCGCGCGGGGUGUCCCUGGUGCAUGGGACGGGCCUCCACAACAUCCAGCAGCCCACGCCGGCCUGGCACACCAUCCCCAUAGGCUACAUCAACCUCUCCUCCGAGCAGCGCGCCCUCUACGGCCCACAGUACAAGUCAGGGCACCGCUUCACCACAUACACAGCUGAGCCUUCAAAGUUUCUCCCGACGCUGCUGGAGGAGGUGAAGACGCGAGGGGGUCGCCUGGAGGAGCGCAGCAUCUCUUCCCUGGAGGAGGCGGCGGACGAUGCAGACCUUUUGAUCAACUGCAGCGGCCUGGGAGCGCGUGACCUGGUGCCUGACCCAUCGGUGUUCCCUUGCCGUGGUCAGGUCAUGAGGGUUCGCGCUCCGUGGGUGACGCAGUUUCUGAUCGAUGACUCCGAGGAAUCUUUCGCCUACAUCAUUCCCAACCAGGAGUCGGUGGUGCUAGGGGGCACGCACCAGGACAACAACUGGAACCUGGAGGUGGACCCUGAGGACACACAGACCAUCUGGAACAACUGUACCUCCAUCCUGCCCUCCCUCAAGUCUGCCCAGGUGGUGCGGGAGUGGGUUGGUCUGCGGCCCUGCAGGAGUAAGGGCGUGAGGUUGGAGGCUGACGAACUCAAGCUGUUCAACCGCACCGUGCCAGUGAUCCACAACUACGGCCACGGCGGCUGCGGGGUGUCCAUGUUCUGGGGCUGCAGUCAAGAGGUGGCCAGCAUCGCCUCGCGCCUCAUCCACCGCCACCACGGCCCGCUCAGCAAGCUCUAGGCUAGGACCAUAUUUUGAAAUGCCUCUGCCCUCUCCUCCACUACUUUCAAAAGGCACUACUUGAAACUACGUGUGUUUUAAGGAUUUUUUUUUUUUAUGGUUCUAGAUUGACAAGAUUUCUCUGUUAUUAAAAAGGAGAAAUAGUCUUGAGAACCCAGCUGAUCAUAUCCGUGGCCUUUGAAAAUAGUCGGGGGUGAAAGAGCAAAGCUUUUCUGAAUACGGGCCUUAGAUCACAGGAGCUGUGUGGCGAGGAGUGCAGGAAUGGUGGGAGAAAAUGGUGAAAACAGAUAGAGAAUUCCAGAGUUAAUCUGUGAAAAAAAAAAAGUGGGACGGGAAGUGUCUUUUGAAAAAUAGUCGAAAAUAGUUUCCGAAAUCACAUCAUAAGAAAGAAGAGAGGAAAGAAGAACACGAAUAAUAAAGAAGAAGAAGAAAAAAAAAAGAAAGAAGCAGAGUUCUGGAGUUUCCCAUUGAAAAUAAAAAAAGGGCAGAAAGUUCCAGAGUUCACAGUGAAAAGAAAAUGAAAACAUGCAAAGUGUUCCAGAGUCAACCAGUGAAAAAUAACAAAAGAACAAAAGGUUCAUAGUUUGUCAGUGAAAAGAAAAGUGAAAACGCUUUCGAAAUAGAGAUUAAUUUAGUUUCGAUUCGUAGGAAAGAAAAGAGAAAAGAAAAGAAAAGAAGAAGAAGAAGAAGAAGAAGAAGAAGAAGGAGAAAAAAAUGAAAAAGAAAAACAAAAACAGGUAGAGAGUUCUAGAGUUUACCAGUGAGAGAGAUGAAGGAGUGAAGAUCCUGGCGAACUCUUGUAUUAAAAAAGGGAUAAAAUAAUAAUAACGGUACUGCUCAGUUACGAAUGAAUAAUAUUGUGUUUGUAUGGCAAGGGACGCUGAGUGUGAAUCCUGUUUACCACUGAAAUGGGUGAGAGAGUGAAGCUACUAGUUAACUCUUGCAUUAGUAAAGUAGAUAUAAUAAUAAUUGGGUUGUUUUUCAGUUAAGAACGAUAUAAGGGUGUUUGUAUGGUUAGAGAAUGCUGAGUUGGAUCAUAUAAUCAUCUUCAGCAGUCUUAGCAUGGCAGAGUAACUACACCACACAAAGCAUUCCAUCUCACUAGCAGGAGACAACCAGUACCUUCACCCCUUCAUCCUUUCACUGGUAAACUCUCUCUCUCUCUCUCUCUCUCUCUCUCUCUCUCUCUCUCUCUCUCUCUCUCUCUCUCUCUCUCUCUCUCUCUCUCUCUCUUCUUCGUAUUAUUUUUAUUUCUUUCAUUCUCUCUCUCUUGUGUGUUCCUUCCUGAGACCUGAUCUGCCUCACAACAGAAGUAGCGGGACACCUCCAAAGCUUAUCAUAAAACUGCCUCUAUUUAAAAAACAUUUCCCUCUUUUAACCUGCUUUUUUCUUUUCCUUUUUUGAAGAGGUGGCAAAUUAACGGACUGUUCCCUUCUCUCCAUACAUGUACCCUUCUUGGUAAGCUUCCUUCGCGCACAAAAGAGAGAAAAAUAAUAAUAAUAAUAAUAAUAACUUCCUUUUACAAACAUCUUUUUUUCAUUGAUCUUAAGCCCUUACUCUGUUUUUCCAGUAUAUGCAUGCCUCCAUUACUUCCUUCAUGCAUAAAGAAGAAUAAGAGAAGAAAAAACAAAUAACUUUUACUCUUUCUAUCAUCUUUUCCACCAAUCUUUUGUUCUCUGAUUUAUUAGUAAUCUAUUAGUCAAGACAGUCAGCAGAUCAGAGGGCGUAAGAAUGAAUGAGAGAAGAUUAAGUUGAAACAGAAAGUGAAUGAAUGCAGUAAAGUGAUUUUGCUUUCAAACUACAGCAGACUGUCCUGUGUGAAUGAGGAGGAAGGGAGGAGGGGCGGGAGGAAGACGAGAGGAAGACGAUGCACGGUGAAUUGAGAAGAAGGAAGGAGGAGUAGGAGGAUGAGGAAGAACAAGAACAAAAACAAGAACAAGAAGACUAAACAUUGCGAAUAAGAACGAAGGAGGAAGAGGAAGAGGAGGAGGAAGAGGAGGAUUAUAUAGCAGGAGAGGGAAGGAGGAAGACGAUGCAUUGUGAAUAGAAAGAAGAGAGGAGGAAAGAGAAGAAAAGAUUAUACACUGCGAAUAAGAACGAAGAAGGAGGAGGAGAAAGAGGAGGAGGAGGAGGAGGAGGAGGAGGAGGAGGAGGAGGAGGACAAUAAAUCAGUGGUUCCCAAACUACGAAUGGACCCAGACUCAGAAACGCUCUGCUCUCUCACCACGACUGCCUACAAAGGCCACAGAGAUGAUUAGCCGGGUUGUCAAGAAUGUUUCUCCUCUUAAUAAUGUAGAAAUUUUGUUAAUCUGUCACUAGAACUGUAAAAAAAAAAAAAAAAAAAAAAAAAACCGUGUAACUUCAUCUAGAGCAUUUUGAAACAAGUCGGGAAGUCGGGGAGCGGGCAGGAAUGUUUCAGAAUAUGGAGCAUGAAGUGCCCUUAUUGCUACUAACAGGCUUACACACACACACACACACACACACACGUACGCCCAUCCACUUCACUGCGUCGUGGGAGGGAGUGUUGUGGCGAGGCAGGGAAGGCACUCAGCAGCAGCGUCAGUGUGGCUCGCAUCAUUGAUCUGUACAAAGCACGUAAGGAGAGUUCAAAUAAUUGAAAUUGGACUGGGAUGACAUAGAAUAUGACCAUACUUUGCACGGGAGUAAGGACUAGUAACUUACAUAAAUAAUAAUAAUAAUAAUAAUAAUAAUAAUAAUAAUAAUAAUAAUAAUAAUAAUGAUAAUAGUAAUAAUAAUAAUAAAGGCAGCGUAAGAACACACCGAUCUAUUUACGUCUAUCGUCUCCAUCCUUUGUUCCUGGAGUAUUCUCGUUGUAUACUUUUUAAACACUUAUUUCUGGGCAGAUGACUUCACGCUCCCUCUCCCCCUCAAACCCCACUCCAACAACAACGUAUCUUCCACACCCCCUCCCCCCUCCCCUAGAGUACCAGACGAACAAACAUCAUUGCAGUACUGUGAUGUAAACAAGCCUAUAUUACCCACGGAGACUUGAGAGAGGUAUGUGUUAUGCUGUGUGUGUGUGUGUGUGUGACCGUAUUCUGAAGCACUUCGGCCUCACACCACUACUUUGAAAAGGCUCUAGUUGAAGUUACACGAGUUUUAAGGGUGUUUUUAUGGUUCUAGUGAUAAAUUAAUAAGAUUUCUACAUCACUAAGAGGAGAAACAGCAAAGCAGAACACGGCUAAUCAUCUCUAUGGCCUUCGAAAAUAUUAGUGGUAAGAGAGCAAAGCGUUUCAGAAUACAGACGUGUGUGUGUGUGUGUGUGUGUGUGUGUGUGUUAUGAAGUAAUCACAUCAUGGUUACGGUAUAUAGUUACUUGUAUACUUUUGAUUAUUUAGGCUAAGUACAGUACAUGAUGCCCUCCACGGAUGAAUAGUGGUACACGCAUGGAUAAUAAAUGCAUAAACACUA